GCGAACGUGAUCUCGCGCCAGCGCGAACGCGUCGCACCUUCCCUCAGGCUUCAGCCACCAGCCCCACAUGGCAGCACCACCAACACCGUCACACAUCGACAUGCGUCCUGCACCAUGACCACCGCCCCGGCUCUCAUGACGCACAUGCCCCCGCCCGACUAGUACACUGCGACCAUGGGCUCGCGUCUGGAGAAGAACUCGGACUCGGUCCGCAAGCGCAUCGCCGCCCACACGUUCAACGGCGAAGAUGGCGACGAGUACGGGGCUUCUGCCUUUGGCGGCUUUGGCGAGUACUUCCGGCGCAAGAGAAUCAAGCUACAGAACCUCGACGCCGACGUGCGCGCCCUGGCCGGAGACAAACCCCAGAUAUUCCGCGGCGUCGUCGCCCACGUCAACGGCUACACGCAGCCGUCACUUAACGACCUGCACACACUGAUUGUGCAGCACGGCGGCGGCUUCAUGCAAUACCUCGACGGCAAGACGACCGUCACGCACAUCAUCGCCAGCAGCCUGACCCCUAAGAAGGUCGUCGAGUUCCGCCAGUACCGCAUCGUAAAGCCGGCGUGGGUGGUGGACAGCAUCGCAGCCGGCAAACUGCUACCGUGGAACGGCUAUCGUGUGGUCGACGAUGGCGAUACGCAGAAGGUGCUGGGUUUUAGCAACGGGGCUGUCGUCAGCACGGUAAACAACAAACAGAGGGGGUACCGCGACCAGACCGACAACAGUUGGUACACAAGCCAACUGCGUGCAAGUCAGGCCGCACCGCCUUCUGUAUCACAGACGCCAAGUGUCUCGCGUUUCUCACGGCAGAAUCUGCCUACGCCAGACAACGACGAGAUCGAAGACCUGCCGCCUUCGCACCAGCCCGAGGAGCCGUCGAGUGGUGAAGUGCACAAGGCCAAGAACAAAGGGAAAAGUCUCGUGACACCCCCCAAGACAAGUCCAACAAUUGCACCUGAGCUGUCUCCGGAUGAGUUCGGGAACAUUGACGACAUCGUCGACGACCUGCAUGAUAGCCUGUACGCCGAUCCUACAUCAAUCAAGCCCCAGCCACGCAGGAGGAGAAAGUCCACGCCACCACAAGACCGGAUCCAUGCUGCAGAAGUUGCCGCCAAUCCUCGAAAGACAGAACUUACUGCCGAGGAACACAACGCGAUCCUUCUGCGUGACCCAAAGAUCCGCAAGUCUACUGUGGUCGACCCCAACUUCCUUGAGCAGUACUACCGCGAAUCGCGCUUACACCACCUGUCGACAUGGAAAGCCGAUCUCAAGUCCCAGCUGCAGGCCAUGGCUAGUGAGAAGACUGCAACGCAGAAGGCAAGGCAAAAACGCGUUGCUGGGGCACGCCGCUACGUCCUACACAUCGAUUUCGACAGCUUCUUUGCUGCAGUGAGUUUGAAGAAAAACCCGGAGUUCAAAACCAAGCCGGCUGUCGUUGCCCAUGGUCAGGGCAGCGGAUCUGAGAUUGCAAGUUGCAACUACCCCGCCAGGAAGUACGGCGUCAAGAAUGGUAUGUGGAUGAAGCGCGCUAUGGAGCUGUGUCCAGACCUGAAGAUCUUGCCUUAUGACUUUCCUGCGUAUGAGGAAACUAGUCGUGCUUUCUACGACGCGAUUCUUACAACCGGUGGUCUCGUUCAAAGCGUCAGUAUCGAUGAGGCCCUGAUCGAUGUCUCAAACUUAUGUAAUGCAAUUGGUGGAAGCAACGUCCGGCAAACGAACGAGAGCGUUGUGCAUCGUGAGCAAGCCAAAGCUGACGAGAUCGCAAAGUCUCUACGAGAGCAAGUGAAGCUUCGAACUGAUUGUGACGUCUCUGUUGGCAUCGGCGGCAACAUCUUGCUUGCAAAGGUUGCGUUGAGAAAGGCAAAACCAGCAGGACAACAUCAGAUCAAACCGGACGAAGUUUUGGAUUUCAUCGGCCAACUUCAAGUGCAGGAUCUUCCAGGUGUGGCGUGGUCGAUCGGUGGGAAGCUCGAAGAUGCUGGAGUAAAGCUCGUGAAAGACAUUCGCAAUCUCACAAAGGAGAGAUUGAUACAGAUACUCGGUCCGAAAACCGGCGAGAAGCUGUACGAGUACUCCCGUGGUAUCGAUAAACAGGAAGUGGGCGAGCAGGUGAUCCGCAAGUCUGUUUCUGCAGAGGUCAACUGGGGUGUUCGAUUCGCGACUCAAGCUCAAGCGGAAGAAUUCAUGGCAAGUCUCUGCGGCGAGCUACAGAAACGCCUUCUGAAAGAGAAAGCCAAAGGAAAGCAUUUCACUCUCAAGAUAAUGCGCCGUGCAGUAGAUGCACCCAUCGAGCCUCCAAAGCACCUUGGCCACGGGAAGUGCGACACGUUCAACAAAAGUUUGGUGCUCGGCGUUGCCACGAACUCGAAAGAGGCCCUGACCAAAGAGGCCAUUGGCAUACUUCGUAGCUUUGGGUUUUCUCCUGGUGAGCUGCGAGGUAUUGGCGUCCAGAUGACAAAGCUUGAGCCGAUGCGGACUGCCACAGACGGUGGUGUCGAGGGGUCCCAACGGCGAUUGCAAUUCAAGAUGCCCAACAAGCCCACAAUCGCUCGACAAGGCUCAGUUAGCACCAUCGGGACACCAGUCAGAUCUCGUAGAAUACGUGUCGAUGUUCCUCCUGCGCCGGAAAGUGGCCGCAAAAGACCAACUCUUGCGCGGCAAGAUUCUAUCGAGGAGGAGCCAUCCAACAUUCUUGAUGAACUCAAAGACGCUGCCAAUAUCUAUGAGUCUUCGCUACCAUUCAGAGCACCAGAUCCACCACCCUUCAGCACACACAAAGCAUCACCCCCAAGUUUUGUUGACGUAGAUCCUAUCCAAGAUGAUCCCGAAACACCACGCAAACCGAAGACCCCCGCAGGUACUGACGACCUUGUGUUCUUCGGUGCUGCCGAACUCAACCACUCGACACCGUCUCGAAAGCCACUCAAUGUAAUGGGGACGCAAUUCCUUAUGCCUAGCCAAGUCGACCCCAGGGUCCUUGCCGAGCUGCCCUCAGAUAUACGCUCCAAGCUGAUGCGACAAGGUCGUCAAUCUUCACCGACGCCUGCAGGCCGUCAACCCAUGCCUACUCAACAAGCGGAUUCGCCUGCUGUCAGCGCACCAGGAACACCCUCAACACCAUCACGCAGAUUCCCAUUCGCAGCAACCGCGCUUCCGGCGCAGUCUCAACUAGACCCCGAGAUCCUUGCUGCGCUACCUGAAGAUGUGAGAGCGGAGAUUAUGGCACAAUACAACGUCCCUGGGCUUUCACAGUUUUCACCCUCUCGUCGACCUCGCGGUAUGGACCAAACUAUUCUCCCGCAGAGUCCGCGCAAGAAUCGAAUCAUCGGUAUCCCAGCUCGCAAGCCAGCACCGACGAAAAGAGGACGCGGUCGUCCCCCGAAAAGCGCCAUGCUAGCCCAAGCUGCACAAAUGACAACCGUCACGAAAGACGGCAAAACCCUAACCCAAGCCAACUUCAUCUCCCUCAAGAAUCCCGCACGCACGCGCGGCGAAGACCAACCCGCCCCACCCCCCAACAAUGCAGAUAUAGACCCAGAUUUUCUCGCCGCACUGCCCCCAGACAUGCGCCGCGAAGUCGUCGCCGAACACAGGGCCGAAAAACUGCGCGCCUUCCGCCUCGCCCUGCAACCCUGUCCUGGCCCCAACGCUCCCGCGCAUAUCCCUGGCCAAGCUCCAACGCAUGUCGCGCCCGCGAAGCAGGUGAUCAAAGUCCCCCGCCCUCCAAAGCCGAAGUUCACAAAGAAGAAGAUCAGCAAGGAGAAACACUUGCGUUCUGCAAUGCGCGACUGGGUCAAGGAAUUUGCGGUCGAGGGCCCGCAUCCGGAGGACGUGGUUGCGCUGGGAAAGUAUGCUGCGCGGAUUGUCGGGGAGGAGGGCGAUAUGCGGAAGGCUGUUGGGGUGGUCAAAUGGUUGGCGUAUGUUAUUAGCGAGCUCGAUCCUGACGUGGACGGGACGGAGAUUUGGGAGGAUGCUGUUGAGCGGGUCAAAGCGAAGGUUAACCGGGCUGCUAAGCAGAGGGGGCUGGGUGUUGUGAAUUACGGUUAGGGGUGUGGAGGAGGGGUUGUUGCGGUGCUGGGCGCGUGUUAGGUACAGCAUAACAUAUCCAUGCAGACGUUCAAGAAGAUAAAUUAGUGCUAGAUAGCUAUCGCAUUAUAAAGUAACCUUUGCGCC